GCCUUUCCCAACGUAUCUUCUUCAGUGUUCUUCUUGUCACAAGUCAGAUGAAAGUAAUUUUGUCCUCAAUUCUGCAACCUCAUGAGGUGCCAGUCGGAUUAACUGCUACAGAUCUACGAGGAUGGGCCUGCAUUGUCUCGUCUGGAGCCUAACUCUCCAUCUCUCCAUAUGGCGAAAAAUGUGCUCGGCAGAUCUGGUGUUUACCUCUCAGCCAGCUGACCAUGUUGCCCUUUUAGAUGAGCCACUCGUCAUUUCGUGUGUAGCGUAUGACACAAACCUUCACAGAGAUGCUGUCGUCAACUGGUUCAGACACCAAGAUGGGGCUCAGCCUGGCUCAGAUUGGGAGCAUAUUCGGCCCAACAAUGGAUCCCUGUUUUUUCCCAGCUUGCACAUGAAUGAUCUCGGGACCUACACCUGCCAAGCAAGUUCAGGGAUGACCACUGCUAAUGUUACCUUCACCAUUUACCAGGCCUAUAUGGACCCUGUGCUUUAUGGUCCGACAUCACAGACUGCAGUCUUAGGCCAAAAUGUGUCACUCGAAUGUGUGUCUGGUGAUGGUCGCCCUGCAAGUCUAAUCAUGUGGCAGAAGGAUGGAGAAUGCUAUACUAAAGGAGUGCAGAUUCAGGAACAGUACCAAGAAAGUCUGAAAGUUUCUGGGACUUUGUAUAUUCCUGCUGUAGUUAAAGAAGAUGAAGGACUGUAUGCCUGUGUGACCCACAAUUCAAUGCUAGGAACUAAUGUCUCCAGUACGGCAGCCCUUCUCUCUGUUCAAGUCCUUCCAUCCAGACUGGUCAUCACUCAGGGACCCGCUAAUAUCACUGUGGCUGUGAACGACUCGGCCGUACUUCAUUGCACUGUUCAUGGACUCCCUCCUCUGUCUUUGAGGUGGUUCAAAGACAACAGACCCUUGCCAGUGAGCACUCGUCUGACUUUACAAGAUGGAGGACAGCUGCUUGCAAUAAGAAAUGUGUCUUUGGUGGAUGAAGGAUUCUAUCACUGUGAAGCCAAAAAUGCCAUGGAGUCUGUGAUGUCAGCUGCUGCCUAUUUGCUCCCUGCUGCCAUUGACCGGGACUUCAUUCCAGACGUUAGCAAUGCCACUGCUGAGGAAGGUCAAUCUGUAACAUUAAAGUGUCGACCUCCAAACAGCUCGUCUCCGGCCCAGAUCACUUGGUUUAAGAACAACAGGGUAUUAACAAAGAUGCCACAUGUUGUCAUUCGGGACAGUGGAGACCUUUACUUUGUAAGAGUCCAGAUAUUAGACAGAGGGAUUUAUAUGUGCAGAGUCCUGAAUGCCUGUCUACCUCGUUCAGCUUCUUCAGUCAAAGUGUACCUACAUGUGAAUGCAAUUCAGAUGACCCCAUCCCUGAAAAACGAAGCCCACUGCACAGAAGGCUCAACUUUGGUAUUGCCGUGUCCUGUCCAGGGUUUUCCUCCUGUCUCCUUUAUUUGGCACAAGAAUGCAGAAGUCCUGCAGGAGUCAGAUGUUGCCUAUCAUGUAGAUGAUCUAGGGACUCUCUUCAUUUUAAAUGUGAGCCAGAAGCACGAGGGGACUUACCUUUGUGUAGCAGAAAACAAAGCUAUAAAGACUGAAAGGACAACCAAAGUUUCUGUGGCAGCACAAGACCCCAUGUGUCCGUCAGGGGAAGGCAAUGAAGACAACUGCAGGGACUACCUUUCCCUAAAGAACAACACUUUGAAUGGCCGCACUGCAUGCAGAUUUGGUCAGAUCACCACAGUCAACAGACAUAAAGAGGACUCAGUAAAAAGUCUCCUCACACUGGAUGAUGAAGAAAAAACUCCUGUUCCAAGUAGUCUGAUGGCAACAGCAUCCUUUGAGAAGUCAAAGAACGUAAAAGAACUCAUGUCAAGCCUCCCAGAAGUCUUAAAAGCCACACUUUCAACUGUAAAAAGAAAUACUUCAUACCAAGGGACUACUCCUAGAAAUCCAAUGAAUACAAUGCAGCCUGGUCUUGUUGGCAGUGUGAGCGUCACAAGUGCCUUGGAAGAUAACGCCUUUGGGUCCACUCAAACUGCUCCAUUUACAAUGCAACCAAAUCCCACUGAAAUGACCUUCAAAAGAGGAGCAUCGACACAGCAAUUAUCCACCAAAGAAAACCUGCAAAGUCCAUCUACUGAACUCUUGACCCCAGACAAUUUGGAUCUAAACGAAUGGCCAAAGAAGAACAGUUCUCAGUCUCCAAUGAAAACGAGUGACGGUAAUCCAAGGGACAAACAUCCAGCUGCACCUUUGGGCACACCAUCCUCAUGGCUCCCAGUUUUGGAAAAGCAUGACAUUCCCAUUGUAGUUGGUGUUGGAAUCUCACUAUUGCUCAUUUUUCUGACCAUGGGUUUCUAUUCACUUAUUCAGAAGAAUGGCAAUACAGACAGCAGCCAUGGAUUUUUUCGCCACUCUGGGGUCUCAAGCCGAAACUGCAGCAAACUGGAGUCAACACGGACGUAUGAGAACAGGGCUUUUGAAGAUGACAACUCUGUGGCUGUUAUUGAGGAGAUUUCAUACCAGACCGUCUCCAGCCCCAGUCAGCCUGCUUCCAACACCAUCACAGUGACAGCGGAGCUCUCUCCAAAAGGGCAGCGACAGGCAAUGGACCUGAUGACCGAGAACAUUCUCGAACCUUCCCAGAAUGCCUUAGCAGAAACCGGCCUGGACCAGAUAACAGAAAUCCAUGUGGCUGACAAUGAUUUCAAGCUGGAUGUUACAAACGAAUGGGGAAAAAACAUUGCUACUCUCGAAGAUUGUGCUCCACCUCGCACUGAAGCCGACCAAAACGACGACACAUCCAGACAAUGCCCGGAAACUGAGGUGUCAGCCCUGGGCAGCCCAGUUCCUCCUCCAGAGGAAGAGUUGCACACUUCCUUAACUCUCCAAACACCGGAGUCUGGCGCUACAAAUGCUACACCCAUCAGACAUAACAUCAACAUCUGCCGUGGCCAGGCAGCAGCUCCCAUCGUCCUGUCACACACGAUGUCACUUGGGGACAGAAACAGCCUGGGGAUUACAACCGUUGCAGUCGAUGUACAUUUCUACUCGGGCUUGCCUGGUCCGGCAGCUCAAGGCCUCGGCUCAACAGUGUGCCCAGAACUGGACUCUCAAGACUCGGCAGUACACUGUGGAUUGUGUUCAGCAGCCGGCGUAUCGACGACAUAGAAUGGAGGUUCAGAUUACAAGUAUGUUGUAUGAGGUUAGGUGCUGCUCUUUGUUAACAUAUACUGUUCAAUGCACAAAGUAGACAAUAUCAUGAAUGCAUGGCACUACACACCCCAAGAAAAGGUAACAAAGUCAUGAUAUUACACACACCAAAUAAAUAUGGUGCAGUAAACACACGCAGCCAAGCAUUGAACACUGUCCCAAGUUACGACAGGAAAGAUUUGUUUGAGUGUGUAUGCGUUUACUGCACUGUAUUUAUUUAAUACUUCAUUCUAUUACAUUGAUUUAUCUAUUCGUUUUACAGUUUGAACACAGGAAGGCUAAAGGACUUGCCGAGCGGUAUGGCGAUCCAGAGGCACUCUUGUGAUUUUCACUUCAUUGCCUUAUCCAGUAGUCCAUAUUGACUAUUAAAGAGAAAAGAAAAGUAGAAAUAUUAAUGUCAUGAACAUGCAGAAAAGAGAGCAGCGUGUUGGUGCAGUGGUUAGUGCUGCUACCUCACCUCUCUAGAACCCUGGGUUCAAAUCCUAACCCGGUCUGUGUACUCCUACUAUACCUGCUUGGAUUUUCUCAGGAUUCAUUUUAUUGUUGAGCAAAGACAAUGCUCUCCCUCGACCCAAGAUUUUUAUUUGACAUCAAACACGAAUGUUCAGCAAAUGACAAGUGAGUUUUGUGUCUUUCUCUGGGGAAAAUUAUUUGGCCACUAUUAGUGUUCAGAAUUAUUAGGCAGCUGCUUUGACAAUCUUUUUUUCCCCCACUCGCUUGUUUAUUCUCAGGUUUUGCUGCAAGUGUACACUAAACAACUAACAUAAAGCAAAAUAUAACAAUGAACAAGUGACAUUUUUGGUUUUUGAGAAGUAUUCAGGGAGCAAUACCGCCACCUUUCAUUUCAAUAACUGCCAUGAGC